UUUAAACAUUUUUUAUCAUGACAAUAUGUUAAACAACAACAAGGAGAAGUCACAGUAUUUUUACUUCCUUCUUUGCUGAGAUAUAUAUGUCUGCCCUGAUCAGAAGCUUCUCACAUGCAGCGUUAUCGCCACCUGUGAACAGACGAGACUUCAGCUCCAUUCAGAGUCACUGCCUUCAACAAACAGACGGAUCAUGGUGUCAGUCAGAGUUACAGUGAUAGUCCUGGUUUUCGCUGUCAUUUGUUUGAUGACACCAAACACAUCUGAGGCCCACCGUGCAUGUUGUCGUCGAUACACAAAACACAAAUUACCAUUUAAUGCAAUCAAGGGAUAUUUAACUCAGACUGCUUCAAGCGCAUGUCGAAUAAAUGCCAUCAUUUUCUACACAAGGAAGGGUAAACUAGUAUGUGUCAACCCUGCUUUGUCCUGGGUGAUGGAAUCUGUGAAUCGUUUGAGCACUAUGGCUCAAAGGGUUCACCGGAAUACUUCAAAAGCAUAGAGAUGUCAUCUUUUUGUGUUUUUUGAGGCGGAAGAGGAGACCAGCUGCAGUGAACAAACAGUUUCUAUCUCAGUUUUGUCUGUUAUUUAGUAACCAACAAUGAUUCUACACAAGGAAGGGUAAACUAUUAUGUGCCAGUCCUUCUUUUUGCUGGGUGAUGGACUAUGUGAGCCGUUUAAAGUCAAAUAUUGUUACUCUAUAAUUGACCAAAAGUCUUAUUGUGUAAAUAAAUCAUUAAAUAAGAUCAUGCUUUUUGCAGAAGUAACACACAAAAUGUUCUCCUGAAGACCCCACAGGCAUAAAACUGCACCCAUAUCAGAUAUUAUUGAAACAAUUUGUGAUUGACUUUUCAACACUGAAGGUGUGAACUCAUUUGAAGCAGUUCACACAAUAAAUCAUAGAAUAUUGUUUUCUUUAUAUAUAAGAAAAGUUGUGAGUAGGAAACAUUAAACUGAAUAAAAAUAUUUUGCGUGAGUUCUG